CGCCGCCGCCGCGCUCGGCCAUGUCGAUGCUGCCGUCGUUUGGCUUCACGCAGGAGCAGGUCGCCUGCGUCUGCGAGGUGCUGCAGCAAGGGGGGAACCUCGAGAGGUUGGGCCGGUUCCUCUGGUCGCUGCCGGCCUGCGACCACCUGCACAAGAACGAGAGCGUCCUGAAGGCCAAGGCGGUGGUGGCCUUCCACCGCGGCAACUUCCGCGAGCUCUACAAGAUCCUGGAGAGCCACCAGUUCUCCCCCCACAACCACCCCAAGCUGCAGCAGCUCUGGCUGAAGGCUCACUACGUGGAAGCCGAGAAACUGCGGGGCAGACCCUUGGGCGCCGUCGGCAAAUACCGCGUCCGCCGAAAAUUCCCUUUGCCCCGCACCAUCUGGGACGGCGAGGAAACCAGUUACUGCUUCAAGGAGAAAUCCCGGGGCGUGCUGCGGGAAUGGUACGCCCACAACCCCUACCCGUCCCCCCGGGAGAAGCGGGAGCUGGCGGAAGCCACCGGUCUCACCACCACCCAGGUCAGCAACUGGUUCAAGAACCGGAGGCAGCGGGACCGAGCGGCGGAGGCGAAGGAAAGGGAGAACACGGAAAACAACAACGCGGCCACCAACAAACCGAACCAACUCUCGCCUCUGGAUGGGAGCAAACCCCUCAUGUCCAGCUCCGAGGAAGAGUUUUCUCCUCCCCAAAGCCCGGAUCAGAACUCGGUCCUGCUUUUGCAGGGGAACCUCAGCCACGCCAGGAGCUCCGGCUACUCCCUGAGCGGCUUAGCCGCAUCCCAGACCCCUCACAGCCUCCAAGGCCACCAGCUCCAGGACUCGCUGCUGGGACCCCUCACGUCCAGCCUGGUGGAUCUGGGAUCCUAAAGGCCCGCGGCGGGCGGCCGGAGGAUCGGGAGAGGAGGUUCUGCUCGGGGACAGAGGCUCUGGGUUGUACAUAGAGGACAGCACCCGGUUUUACAGCUCACCCGCUGAUUCUUGAUGGGACUCUCGGCUCUUUUCACACAACCCCACAUCGGCUCCUGGUCCAGUUCCCCCCCAGCGUCUCCCACUAUCACCAUGAUUUUUUUUUUUAAUUUUUUUUUUUCCACGUAGCCAAACGCAGAGAGCGGCAGAAACCCUCAGCCCUUCAAGUUCAAGCGAGCUGGUCCCAACGGGAAUUACAAAAAAAAAAAAAAGAAAAAAAAAAAAGAAAAAAAACCCAAAAACCCAACCAACCCCAGCUGGAUCCGAUUCCACCCAAAUAAAUCCCAGCCCCGCAGGCGCGGUGGGGCAGAGGCGGCCGGUGCAUCCCUGCUGCUGCCCAGCCGGGUCCCCGCGGGGCCGGCGAGGAGCUGGGACGGAGGCAGAGGGAGUGAACCGCUGUACCGAGCCUUGUGUUAUAGCGGGAAGAGGGAGGGGAAGUUACGUUUACAUUUUUCAUAUUUAGCCUUAACAGAAAGAUUU